AUGCUCUAUUUAAAUAUACUUCUUAUCUUAUCAGUUAUCGCUGAUGGUGCUUUCUCGCAACAACCCCGAGGCCAACCGCCUCCAAUCAACCAAUUUCAACAACCACAACCUGGAGCCGGAAUAGGUGAAGAAUGUGUAAAAGCCACAUAUGAAGCUUUCAGACACUUGAAAGAGCAUCUCAAGAAUAAAAUCGAUGUUGACUCACAAUCAGAUUGGUCGGAUGAAAAAGAGGUGUUCUAUUAUUUUGAGCUGGCUGAUCUCAAUAAGGAUUUCUACAUCGAUGGUCUCGAGUUGAUACAAACUGUCACUGCACAUGAGCAUUCGAGUAAGCGUUUACUUCAAAGAAUUUCAUUCAAUAUAUCACAUUUCUUCGCUGAAUUUUGCUCUCGGUAG